AUAGUAUUUUAAAUGGAUGCUGCAUUUAAAUUAAAGACUCAAAAUGAGCGUGCAAAAGUUGAGGAUCUUUUCGAGUUCGAAGGCUGUAAAGUUGGACGAGGAACAUAUGGGCAUGUAUAUAAAGCACACCGUAAAGAAGCUAAUGAUGCAAAAGACUAUGCUUUGAAGCAAAUUGAAGGAACUGGAUUAUCUAUGUCUGCAUGUCGAGAAAUUGCUUUACUAAGAGAAUUAAAGCAUCCGAAUGUAAUUAAUCUCAUUCGUGUCUUUUUAUCUCAUAAUGACAGAAAGGUUUGGCUCUUAUUUGAUUAUGCUGAACAUGAUUUAUGGCACAUAAUUAAGUUCCAUCGAGCAGCAAAAGCAGCAAAAAAGCCUGUAAUGGUACCAAAAGCUAUGGUGAAGAGCUUACUGUAUCAAAUCUUGGAUGGAAUUCAUUACUUACACACAAAUUGGGUAUUACAUCGUGAUUUGAAACCUGCUAAUAUUUUAGUGAUGGGUGAAGGAAAUGAACGAGGACGAGUUAAAAUAGCAGACAUGGGAUUUGCUCGAUUAUUCAAUGCUCCUUUAAAGCCUUUGGCUGAUUUGGAUCCAGUUGUUGUCACUUUUUGGUACAGAGCUCCUGAACUACUAUUAGGUGCAAGGCAUUAUACAAAAGCUAUAGAUAUAUGGGCUAUUGGAUGUAUAUUUGCAGAAUUAUUGACAUCUGAGCCAAUUUUCCAUUGCAGACAGGAAGAUAUUAAGACUAGUAAUCCUUAUCAUCAUGAUCAAUUGGACAGAAUAUUUAAUGUCAUGGGAUUUCCACAAGAUAAAGACUGGGAGGAUAUAAGAAAAAUGCCUGAACAUAAUACAUUGCUAAAGGACUUUAAAAGAUCAAAUUAUGCAAACUGUUCAUUAGUUAAAUACAUGGAACGUCAUAAAAUUAAGCCAGACUGUAAAGCAUUCCAUUUACUUCAAAAAUUGUUACUUAUGGAUCCAAAUAAGAGAAUCACAUCAGAACAAGCUAUGCAGGAUCCUUACUUCUCUGAAGAACCACUUCCGACACAAGAUGUGUUUGCUGGCUUUGCGAUACCUUAUCCUAAAAGAGAAUUCUUGACUGACGAUGAAGAGGAAAAAAAUGACAAUAAGCAGCGGCAAGCACAAAAUCAACAAUCUCAAAAUCAGGCUCAACAGGCACAAAAUAAUCAACAAAAUAAUGGAAAUUCUAACAAUGAUAAUUCCAAUUCUGGCAAACGAGCACGGAUGUCUGGGAAUCAGCAGAAUAAUCAGAAUCAAAUGCAGGAGAAUCAGCAUCAAUAUCAACAGAUGUCACUUCUUGGACAAAUGCAGAGCCAAAUGCAAAAUAACUAUCAACAGAGAUAUUAAUUUAGACUUUAAGAGUUCACAGUUUUAACUACUAAUAAAUUUUACUUUCUGGAAAUCUAGUUUUUAAAAAGGAACGACUAAAAACUUUUCAAAUCAAGUUCUUUAAUUUUCAAAUAUUUUUUGGUCGUUACUUUUUUUAAAGUUGAAUUCAGUAAGAAAUUUCCUU